GAGGGGGCGGGCUGCCCGGGCCAUGGCGCAUAAAGCCUCUGGCCACCUGCAGGGCUACUGCUGCUCCGGCAUCUGCCCGGGACUCACCUUGCUGAAACGUGAGCCUCGGCUUCUGUCAUCUCUGUGGCCUCCGUCGCCUCUGUCUCUGUCCCCUUCAGGCCCUGAGCCCCGCGAGCCCGGGCCGCACACGCGGACAUGGGCGGCAGCGCCAGGGCGCGCUGGGUGGCGGUGGGGCUGGGCAUCGUGGGGCUGUUGUGCGCUGUGCUCGGCGUGGUUAUGAUCCUUGUGAUGCCCUCGCUCAUCAAACAGCAAGUGCUAAAGAAUGUCCGCAUAGACCCCAGCAGCCUGUCCUUUGGGAUGUGGAAGGAGAUUCCGGUCCCCUUCUACCUAUCCGUCUACUUCUUCGAGGUGGUCAACCCCAACGAGGUCCUAAAGGGUGAGAAGCCAAUAGUGCGGGAGCGUGGACCCUAUGUCUACAGGGAAUUCAGACAUAAGGCCAACAUCACCUUCAAUGACAAUGAUACUGUAUCCUUCGUGGAGCACCGCAGCCUCCAUUUCCAGCCUGACCGGUCCCACGGCUCUGAGAGUGACUACAUUGUACUGCCUAACAUUCUGGUCUUGGGGGGCGCGGUGAUGAUGGAGGACAAGUCUGCAGGCCUGAAGCUGAUGAUGACCUUGGGGCUGGCCACCAUGGGCCAGCGUGCCUUUAUGAACCGCACGGUUGGCGAGAUCCUGUGGGGCUAUGAGGAUCCCUUCGUGAAUUUUAUCAACAAGUACUUCCCAGACAUGUUCCCCAUCAAGGGCAAGUUCGGCCUGUUUGUUGAGAUGAACAACUCGGACUCUGGGCUCUUCACUGUGUUCACAGGCGUCCAGAACUUCAGCAAGAUCCACCUGGUGGACAGAUGGAACGGACUCAGCAAGAUCAACUAUUGGCAUUCGGAGCAGUGCAACAUGAUCAACGGGACUUCUGGGCAGAUGUGGGCACCAUUCAUGACACCCCAGUACUCGCUGGAAUUCUUCAGUCCAGAGGCCUGCAGGUCCAUGAAGCUCACCUACCAUGAUUCAGGGGUGUUUGAAGGCAUCCCCAUCUAUCGCUUCACGGCCCCUAAAACUUUAUUUGCCAAUGGGUCCGUCUACCCACCCAAUGAAGGCUUCUGCCCGUGUCUCGAGUCCGGCAUUCAAAACGUCAGCACCUGCAGGUUUGGUGCGCCUCUGUUUCUGUCACACCCUCACUUCUACAAUGCAGACCCCGUGCUAUCAGAAGCCGUUCUAGGUCUGAACCCUGACCCAAAGGAGCACUCCUUGUUCCUAGACAUCCACCCGGUCACUGGGAUCCCCAUGAACUGUUCUGUGAAGUUGCAGCUGAGCCUCUACAUCAAGUCUGUCAAGGGCAUUGGGCAAACAGGGAAGAUCGAGCCUGUGGUCCUGCCAUUGCUGUGGUUUGAGCAGAGCGGUGCCAUGGGCGGCGAGCCCCUGAACACGUUCUAUACGCAGCUGGUCCUGAUGCCCCAGGUACUUCACUACGUGCAGUAUGUGCUGCUGGGGCUGGGUGGCCUCCUGCUGCUGGUGCCCAUCCUCUACCAGCUGCGGAGCCAGGGUCCCAAAGACACCAUGAGCCCCCCAAACCUGAUAGCUUGGUCAGACCAGCCAUCCAGCCCCUACACCCCGCUUCUUGAGGACUCUCUCAGCGGACAGUCCGCCAGUGCCAUCGCCUGAGCCCCCAGAUGUCACACCUGUCCGCACAGCACACAUGCGCCCAGGCGUGUGCAAAAACACUCAGGGACCAGGGACAGAGCCGCUGCUGACGGCGCCGGCCGAGUCACAGGCAGUCUCUUCUAAGCAGCCUGUGAGCCAGGCUGUGGGGGGAUUGCAACUGCCACCAGCCCCUCCCAUGGGGAGCUGGCCCUGCCCAGGCCCUCGGCUUCCUCCAUCAGGCUGAAAGCCGCACUGUCACUCCUAGGGGUUGGGCGUGCGCAGCCUCUUGUGCCAAGGCCAGGCAGGCAGUUCCAGGUCCUGACCGGUCUGCACAUGCUCUCUGGAGCCGUGUCUGGCCCUUUUCCUCCAGUCUCUGCUGCGUCGCCUAAACCCUGAAUUGGCCGCGGUAAGUGGCCAAGGUGGCAGGUCCCUCAGGGUCCUUAGUUUUCAGGUGUGGUGUCAGAGGUAGAGAGGUGUGGGCCAUCUACCCCUGGCACCUGGUCCUCUGGCAUCUGGCCUGGUGGCCUGGUGUACUUCCCCAGAGGGUGGGGGACAAGGAGGCCCGUCGCUCUGCAACUGCCCCUUUUUCUACUGGAAGAGAACUUUUAUCAUCUUUUGGAAGAAACUUGUGAUUGAAGCAAUAAACGUUUUCACAGAUUUAA